AUGAGCGCAACCACCGAGAUGCACCCUACAAGGAGGCUGGCCACUACGGGCCAGAGGGUCGAAGGACCCGUCGAGGGGCAAGGACGGUCGGGGGGUAGGCGUAUGCCUAACCCUCGGCCCACCCAAGCUCCGAGGCGUGGUGCCGAGGACGAGCGGGGAGAGGACCCGGAGCCAGUAGUCACGUCGGACAAAAGCGAGCUCGAGUGGGAGGAGGACCCAAAGGAGGAGAUGAGGACCUGGCGGCUGAAGAGGGCCAGGAGCGGAAUCGAUAACCGGAUCCUUCCGGGGACCGCGCCUGUGUUCGAGGAGGCAAGGCGGAACCCUAGAGGAAGCGGGGGGACGUCAGCCGCUAUGGCUAACGCCAUCGUGAAGAUGCGGAGACUGGAGGCCGACCGGGUGGUGGCCAUGGGAGCCCCGCAUCCGGAACGGAUGGCAGCGAAGGAGGAGUACGAGGCCGCCAAGGCAACGCGCGUCCGCAUGCAGCAGCGGGCAGCCAUGGCGGCCAUGCACGAAGCCCUGCAGAGGUCGAGGACCAAGGAGGAGGAGGAGAAAAGGUGGCUCCAGGAGCUCGAAAGGGCAGAGGAGGAGGAGUGCGCGGCCUGGGAGCUGGUCGCCUGGCACGAGGAGGGAGAAGCCGGCGGCAAGGGAAGGGAGGUACCCGCCACUCCGCGGUAUAUACAUUCGGAGGAAGUGGUGAAAGAAGAGACCCCGGAGCCGUCCCCACCCCCGUCACCCAUAGCGUCGACAAGGAUCCCACCUACGCCCCGGCCACGGCACUGGCCACCCAGCCCCCCACCCAACCCGGUGCCGACCGCCCGUCCACCCACGGCUCCACCCACUCACCAGGAACCCCAGGACCCCGUGGGAAACAAGGACCCACCGACCCCACAAGCCGGGAUGUCGCACCAAGUGCGGGAGUACACGGAAGGAGGUAGACGUUGGCGGCAACAGAUCGUCACGUGGACAUGGCCGGUUGGCCCCGAAGCGCCCAAGAAAGAAGAGGCGCCGGUCCAUGGCGGGUGGGCCCCGCCGACUCCGGACACUGCGGCAGAGCUGGAGAAGGGGCCAUGGGUAUGGCCAUCACCCAAGCACACCCCAAGGCCCGGACUCCAGCGGCAGUCAUCCGCUCCAGCGGUGGGUGUCCUCGCGUCCCGGCCGUCCUGGGUGCGGACGGCGUCUACGUCAGAAGUCCAGCGGUGGGCUCCGAUUCCGGAGGCGGAGUGGCCCGCGGGAAUUGUGGAUGAGCCGGUGAUCCGGGACGCCAAGCGCCGAGGGACGGUAGAGUCGGGAGACAAGGUCAAGAAAGAAACUCAGAAACAGGAGCAGGAGAAGGAGGAACCCCAGGUGUUGGAGGCCCACAGGGAGACAGGCAUUUGGUCUCAGUACCACAAUGGGUAUAACAGCACUGGUUAUGGAAAUAACGAUGGCAGGGGACAGUUAGCGAUCGAACCACAAUCAAACACGGAAGGCAGCGGCCAGUCCAGGAUGUCCAGGAAUUCCAACAAUUCGGGACAGUCCAGGCAGUCGUAUAACUCAAACAAUUCUAAGAAGUCAUUUAAUUCAACUGGCACUGCGGAUAGGAACGGCAGUAGAGCCUCGGUCAGUGCCCAGUUACAUAACAUUCAGGAGGAUGAUGGAAAUUUUCCACAGUCAGCCUCGAACAAUCCACAGGAUAUUUAG